AUGACACUCAUCCGGUUCUCGGAUAGGUGUUUCAUUGUCUAUUGCACUACCCUUGUUUGUGUUUUAGCCAUUUUCUUACCACCAAUUGCCGUCUUCAUGGCCCGUGGUUGGGGUUCCGAAUGUAUCCUCGACAUUGUUUUGACCAUUUUAUUCUUCUUCCCAGGUAUGUUAUAUGCCUUGUGGACCGUCCUACAAGACUAA